ACUGGAGUCCCUCGAACAAAUAUUGAGCCACGGGGAAACCCCCGGAAAGGUAAAAAAUCAAAUUAUGGCAGUGGCAAAGAAACAUUAAGAUUCAAAGCAAAUGGGAAGGCGUUAAUUGAAGAGGAGGCUGAUGGUGAGAAACAGGCUGGCAUAGAGAAAAUUAACCUCUGCUUAGAAAGUUUUCUAGGUAUAAGCGACAAUGAGCUUGCCGUUCAGAUUUGGGAGCUCGCAGAAGGCAAGAGGAAUAGCAUGGACUUUGCAGAGGCUAUUGACAGUUCAGAUCUAGAAGCUUUUGGUUUCAACGACGACUUCAUAAUUGAACUUUGGGGUGUUAUCACGGACGUUCGGUCAGGCAGAAUUCAUUGAGUGUUUCAAGUGUGUAAUUUCACUAUGUACCUAAUAAGUAUGGUUCGCCGUUUGGGCAAAAAGAUAUUCUAACAGAGAAGAAAAAUGAUAGAGAAAAAAUAUUCUGGGCACUGAUAAAAGAAAAUACACGAUUGAGAAAAAAAUUUCAGGACUGAAAAAAAAGAAAA